UUACAAUGGAGAAUGUGGAGUCCCGCUUCCUGCACCUUCUGCAGCCCAUCCGAGAUCUCACAAAGAACUGGGAGGUGGAUGUGGCAGCCCAGCUGGGGGAGUAUCUGGAGGAGCUGGACCAGAUCUGCAUUUCCUUCGACGGCGGCAAAACCACCAUGAACUUCAUAGAGGCGGCUCUGCUGAUCCAGGGUUCUGCCUGCAUCUACAGCAAGAAGGUGGAAUAUCUCUACUCUCUUGUUUACCAGGCCCUCGACUUCAUCUCCAACAAAAAGCGGGACAAACAGCCUACGUCCAUGGGGGAGGACGGCACCGACACUGACGUGAGCGCUGGGCCCAGGACGGAGGAGGAAGAGGGGGCGUGUACCCCACUCCUGGAGAAGGUCGGCAAAGCCUGGCCAGUCACGUCCCAGGAUCACUGGGUAAGCCAACUUUGGGGCUACCUCGACUAG